CUUCUCCUCGUCGUCGUCGUCGUCGUCGUCGCCCCGCUGCCCUUCUCCCCUCCGGCGUUGUCCGCGUCCGGCGUUGGCGCGGAGGAGGCUCCCCGGCCCCACCUGGCGCCAGCAGCCAUGAUGGAAGGCCUGGACGACGGCCCCGACUUCCUCUCCGAAGAGGACCGCGGACUGAGAGCAAUAAAUGUUGAUCUUCAGAGCGAUGCUGCCCUUCAGGUGGACAUUUCUGAUGCUCUUAGUGAGAGGGACAAAGUGAAAUUCACCGUUCACACGAAGAGUUCAUUACCAAAUUUUAAACAGAGUGAGUUUUCCGUUGUUCGACAACAUGAGGAGUUUAUUUGGCUUCAUGAUUCCUUUGUUGAAAAUGAAGACUAUGCAGGAUACAUCAUUCCACCAGCACCGCCACGGCCUGAUUUUGAUGCUUCAAGAGAAAAACUCCAGAAACUUGGGGAAGGAGAAGGGUCGAUGACUAAGGAAGAAUUUACAAAGAUGAAACAGGAACUUGAAGCAGAGUAUCUGGCAAUCUUCAAGAAGACAGUUGCAAUGCAUGAAGUGUUCUUGUGUCGGGUGGCAGCACAUCCUAUUUUGCGGAAAGAUUUAAACUUCCAUGUUUUCUUGGAAUAUAACCAGGAUUUGAGUGUUCGUGGGAAAAAUAAGAAAGAGAAGCUUGAAGAUUUCUUUAAAAGCAUGGUGAAGUCAGCUGAUGGUGUCAUUGUUUCUGGAGUAAAGGACGUAGAUGACUUCUUUGAGCAUGAGCGAACAUUCCUUUUAGAAUAUCACAACCGAGUUAAGGAUGCAUCUGCCAAAUCGGAUAGGAUGACAAGGUCACACAAAAGUGCUGCAGAUGAUUAUAAUAGAAUCGGUUCUUCAUUAUAUGCAUUAGGAACACAAGACUCUACCGAUAUAUGCAAAUUUUUUCUCAAAGUGUCCGAGUUGUUUGAUAAAACACGAAAGAUAGAAGCACGAGUGUCUGCUGAUGAGGAUCUCAAACUCUCUGACCUUCUAAAAUAUUACUUAAGGGAAUCUCAAGCUGCUAAGGAUCUCUUGUACAGAAGAUCGAGAUCACUUGUGGAUUAUGAAAAUGCUAAUAAAGCACUUGAUAAAGCCAGAGCCAAGAAUAAAGAUGUUCUUCAGGCAGAAACCUCACAGCAAAUGUUUUGUCAGAAAUUUGAAAAAAUAUCAGAAUCAGCAAAGCAAGAACUUAUAGACUUUAAAACUAGAAGAGUUGCUGCAUUCAGAAAAAAUUUAGUGGAAUUGGCAGAAUUGGAGCUGAAGCAUGCAAAGGGUAAUUUACAGCUGCUGCAAAGCUGCUUGGCAGUAUUAAAUGGAGACACAUAAACCAUCCUCCAACCUGCCAUUAACAAGGGCUGCCUUCCUUGGGAUUUUAGUUUUGUUGAUGACUAGGCAUUACAGCUCACUGGAAACAAAAAGAAUCAGCUGACAUCAUGCACAUAAACAUUCUCCUUUUCUUUUGUCUUCUGAAUAAAAGAAAAAAAAUGGAGUGACUUCACUUCCAAGUGAUUCCAGACUGUACGAAGCGACCGUGUACUCAAUUACAUGUAUUCACAUGUACGUUUAUUUAAUCGUUAAGCUUUCCUUGUUCAGAAACCAAACAUUGUUUUUUGUGUGAAAGUAGCCAAUAUGAAUAGUAUUACUUAUGGCUGCCAAUCUUAUUUACCUCUGUAAGUAAUUUUUGGAGUUACCCAUUUGAAAUACGUUGUUCAAAUGAACGAACUAAAUAUUGUCAUUAGCUGAGUAUUGUUACUAUCAAGCAAUGUAUAAAUCCUUAGUUUAUCCAUGUAUCGGUAAAGCAUCCUAAUCUGACAUUUUAAUUAAUGAACAUUUCUUAGACGUUUUGGAACAGACUUUAUGUAAUCUUUUUUCUGUAUGAUUCCUGAAGAGAAGCAAAUGCAUUAGUAUAUUUGCCUUAACUUGUAGACUAAUCCCAAUUAUUGUAAAAUAAACCGUGAUGACUGAUUUUUUUUUUUUAACGAUGUAGUCAUUCUAUCACGAGCUCUGUCAAAAGGAGGAGAAGUUCUGGAAUCUGCCUUUCCUUUGUUAUGUUCUUGUUUACCCUGCAGAACUCAGAUUUCAGGAGACUACACAGAGCACCAACCCGCUCACAGGACAAUAACCACACACCCUCAGGCCCAUAGCAGGUUCCAAGUGGGAUUUGAAUAGGGCAAGUUAGGUACGUAGUGCUAGAAAAAGGAAUCGCCGAUGAAAGUAGGAUUGCAGUGGCAUGAAUUUUACCCUGGACUCAUCCACCUAUGAGUCAGGUUUGGGACCCGAGCCCCCUGUCAGCUGGUGGGCAAGGGCCGUGCCAGAGGGAAGAGUCUUAUUGGUGAAGAGUUCAGUUGUUCUCUAGAGAGCUUGGGAACAAGAGUAAAGUUUCAUUAGUUGGCCUUCUCAGUGUGAAUGAACAUUUUUAGGACUUUACUAAUUUUGUGGUAGAUGUGGGUUCACUUUGGACCCUCUCCCUGUCUUUUCUAACUGCCUAUAUUUAUGAAGGCAGCAAUCCUUUUGUUGAGAAAACCUCUACAGGGUCAGCUGGUUUAUUUCCCCUGCAUUGUAGCAGGCGUGUUUACAUUUUCCUAAACCAUUCCUGAGCUCAGCUGCAGAUAUCUCCAGAUAUCCAGGAUCAUGACUUCUUUCAGCAACUGCAUUCUGUUGCCUGGCUGUUGUAAUUGUUAAAUGUUUUCUUGAGGUUUUUUAUCUCAUUAUUCUCUCUUGCCAUUUAAGCUGUUACUUUUCUGUUGCCUCUGGCUGAGAGUUGGUGUGUUUUUCUCCACUUCUACUUCUCUGGGGAUGCGCAGGAGUGAAACGUGCACUUAGGAUGAGCUUUGGACUGAGAACCAGAGCUGAGUUUAAUAUAGCUCUUCCUUCACUGUCUGCCUUUGUCGGGCUUGGCUAUGUUGCCUCUGCCUCAGUUUCUCCAGCUAUGGAAGAUGGACUCACCUACCUCACAGGGGUGUUGUGAGGAAUAACAAAUGUUUGUAAAGUGCUUUGAAAAUGUAAAGCGCUGUGUAAAUGCUAAAUAGUGAGUGUAGAAACUAAAAAUACAAAAUGCUGAA